GAGUUGGUAGGAGUCUUGGUUCUUUUUUCUAGUUUUGUGAUCAGAACGAAGGGAAAGUCGGCGCCAUUUUUGCUGAAGUGUGUGAAGGCUGUUGUUGCCCAUUAAGCCCACGUAGUACGCUUGGGCCUGGGUGCGCUCUGAGCAUUUUUGAUCUGCAGCGACACUUUAAUCGCUAUAUUGGCGUAUACAGAGAAAAGUGACCUGGCCAUGGCCAGUAAUGUCACCAACAAAACCGAUCCUCGUUCCCUCAACUCCCGGGUAUUUAUUGGCAACCUCAACACGGUAGUGGUGAAGAAGUCAGAUGUCGAAGCUAUCUUUGCCAAGUAUGGGAAGAUCGUGGGCUGCUCCGUGCACAAGGGAUAUGCUUUUGUUCAGUACGCCAAUGAGCGCACUGCGAGGGCUGCUGUAGCAGGGGAGGAUGGCAGGAUGAUCGCUGGGCAAGUGUUAGAUAUAAACCUCGCUGCUGAGCCAAAGCCUAACCGAGGGAAAGGUGGAGUGAAACGAGCAGCCUCUGAUAUGUAUGGGUCAUCCUUCGACCUGGACUACGAUUUUCAGGGCGACUACUACGACCGGAUGUACACUUAUCCUACUCGUGUGCCACCACCUCCGCCACCUCCGCACCCCAUUACCCGAGCAGUGAUCCCGCAGAAACGAGCCCGUGUUACCACAAACACAAGAAGAACGAAAAGUGGGUUUAGCUCAAAGAGUGCACAGCAGAAAUCUUCAAAAACUAGUACAAUAAAAGCAGAUGACUUACAAACUAUAAAGAAGGAACUGACACAGAUAAAACAAAAAGUGGAUGAGCUGCUAGUCAGCUUGGAACGGAUCGAACGAGAACAAAGCAGACAGUCUGAUUCAAAGACAGACAAGACUGAAUCCAGUGAUUCUCCCCAGAAGAAGGAUGAAAUGAAUGUGAAGAUGGAAGCUGAAAAUGCUGGCGAAUCUGCUGAAGAGGGAGACUUGGAAGAUGAUGAACAGGGGGACAGCCAGCUGGAUAAAGAUGAAGAUAAAGAGCCAGAGGAGGGUGAGGAGGAUGCCGACAGUGUCAAUGAAGAGGAAGACUCUUGAAACUACCAAUACUUUUUGCAGCAUUUUAAAUGCUAUUCCUGGCUUGACCAUCCUUCUGCCCUGCACCCCAACUUUUUGUGCUGUGUUUCCCCAAGUAUUGUUCUUUGUUGACAUCUUAGAGUUUUAAUUUUGUGUUUUCUUUGUUUUGAUACCUGUUGAAAACCAAUAAAAUGACUAAUUGUUUUUAAA